AUCAAAUAUAAUCAAACUUUCAAUUGUGUUCUAUCGCGUCCGAUUUUCUUUGAUUUUAAUUUGCUAGCAGGCAAUGGAAACGGUAUUUACAGAAAAGAAGAUUUUCUUUGAUUUCAAUUUUUAUUUAGAGAAACGAAGAAAUCAUAGAAUAAUAGCCGUAGGCAGGCAAAAAAAUAUUUUUUUCAUAUAUUCUUACCUCCCCCGCGGACAUUUUUUUUUUCAUCUGACCGCCAGUAGUUGAUGUUUUCCUCUUUUCGGCUUUUUCAUAAUAUUUACCCUCCCCCCUAGUCCAUAUUUCUAAAAACACCAUAUCUGAAUAGGGUUAACAUAUGGUAAUAGCAUGCGAGGUCUCAUAUCGAGUCAAUCAGUCAGGACUAUCGGAGUCAAGACUGCAAGCAAUGCAAAUGGCCAUGCCUUAUUUGUUUUCAUUAAAGAUCUUCGAUGGAGCUCGCUUUAUGGCUGUUUGUCAUGGCAACGUUAAUGACUAUGUCCAUCUGGCAGAGCGAGGCUCAGUUUUCUCAAUCAACGUUCUCUGGCAAAAGCAAAGACGAUAUUGCCACGCUGACCGCCACUAAGCGGUUGCACUCCAUGCUGGAGGGGUAUGAAAGCAAAAUCCGUCCUAACUACCAGGGCGAUCCAGUGGAAAUCCUUAUUGAUAUUUCCGUUGCCUCGUUCGGGAACUUACAAGAAGCAGACAUGAAAUUCAGUCUAGACAUGUUUUUCCGACAAAGCUGGCACGAUCCGCGAUUACGUCAUAACAUGAACGAGACGAUGACAUUGACGACAGGUACCAAGCACCCUGCUGACUUUGUGUGGGUCCCGGACACAGUCUUCGUGGAUGCCAGUCAUGCUUACAUGCAUAACGUGAUGGUAGCCAAUCACAAGCUAGACGUCACGCCGGGGGGACGCGUGUUCUGGGGUACAAGGGCCACACUGAUAGCGCGGUGUCACAUGAAUCUGCGUCGAUAUCCCAUGGACGAGCAGACCUGCAACCUUAGUAUUAUUAGCUAUGCAUACCCGGUGCGACACUUGUUAUAUCGCUGGAAAAACUCUCCUGGUAUCAAAGUUCUGGAUGGCGAGAUGUCUCAGUUUUACAUGACCAGGAUCACAACAUCCCUCAGAAACGAAAUCUACGUGGCAGGUGAAUACUCUGUCUUAAAGGCCUCCUUCACAUUCCAGCGUCGAGUUGGCUUCUAUCUGAUUCAGAUCUACAUCCCUUGCAUGGCCAUCGUGUUCGUGGCGUGGAUGUCACUCUGGGUGGACCGCAGGGCUACGCCAGCACGCGUAAGCCUGUGUAUUACAACACUUCUUACUAUAGCGACUAUCUGGGGCAACGUGAACGCAAGUAUGCCCCGCGUCUCCUACGUCAAGUCGAUUGACAUCUACCUGAUGACGUCAUUCACCUUCGUGCUUGGGACGCUACUGGAGUAUAUAGUGAUCAUGAACAAGGGCCACCCAAAGAGUAAGAAAAUCCGCAAGUCUGUCCAUCUAAACGACUAUAUGUCGCCAUACACCUAUUCCUUUAGAAACUGGCCUGACAGCCAAACAUCAACCACAGCGUCAAACAUCAACCACAAGAACAGUAACACCUGUAGCAAACAACCUGAAGACAAGGACUCGGAACCUCUCAAAGUGGAGGUUUAUGCUAGGAUUGGGUUCUUGUCUGCAUUUGUGCUCUUCAAUGGAGUUUAUUGGGCGGUGUUACUGAUAUGAUAGCCAUUGCAAGAGGUGGCAGACCCAGGAGGGCUGGAGCCCCCUCCAUUUGCCCCACCCUUGAAUUGGACUUUUAAGGGAAUUUCUAUUGCCCCCCUCCCCCUUCCUUACUCGGGAUGGUCCGCCCCCCUUCGAAAAUCCCUUCUUAUGCCCUGGAAAAAUCUUCGAUUGAGACACAGAGCAUUGAACUUGCUUUCCUUAGCUUGAAAAGAUCUAACGUUCUAAGACACGUUGUUUUAUAUUUCGAUUCUCUAUUUUCCGUGUCUUUUUUUUCUCUUUUCUUUAUCUUUGAAGGAUGACAAACUCAUAUCAAGGCCAUAUCUCGUAUUACUUGAAUGAAUUGCAUGGUUGGCGCCAUUUUAGAUAUAGCGAAGUUCCGUCUGAUGGAAGUGUAGAUGCCCAAGUGAGACGGGCAAGGAAUGUAGAGUAGG